AUGUCAUUAUUAUCACAACAUCGUUUUGAAAUACUUUCAUUAGUUGUUCGAAAUGUUCUUACAACAAAUUCAAAAAAUUUUCAAUUACAUGGUGAUAAACAACUUAUAGCACAAAUUUUACCAACAGCACCUGAACGAGCUUAUGUAGAGAAUAAUUGUUAUGAUUCAAGUCUUGAUCUUGGUUCAAUAGCAUAUACAGAUGUUUUACAACGUUUAUUAAGAUUUGGAUUUGAAAUUGAAUCAUCAACAUCAGGAUCUUAUAAUCCACCAAAACAAGAAAAAUCAAUUAUUAAAGAUGAUCCAUUAUUACGUUUACCACAGGAUUCAUUUGUUCUUCAAUAUACAUUAAUAAAAAAACAUGUUAUAGAAUAG